AUGGCAUCCAUGUCUAUGGCUACUGUGAUGCAACAUGUGUUUCCCUGUUUUGCUCCACGGACUAAGAGGGCUAUGGUCAUUGGCGCACCGACAGAUGUACGGCAUUUAGACAUCUCAGAAUGCAUACCCGGUCUUACGGAGGCGCAAUGUGAACAAAUUCGGAGCAGAACCAGGAGCAAUGGCACAAGUUUACUCGACUUUGGACCUGACGUGCUGCCGUAUCCACCCAGUCUUGCUACUCGGGAUAUAUCGACACGCGGGUCUGGAUCUGAAUACGAGGAUUCCUGGGGAAAAUCAAAGUCUUGUCUGUCUUUGAACGACUCGUUGGUGAAUGAUGCGGCGAGGAAGUCCCCUGGUGAUGUUGCGAUACCGCCGCGUGCGGUGCAUAAGAGGAGUAGUAUGAUGGAGUUAAAGAUGGAAGAUAUGCUAGAGACAGAGAAGCAGUCUCGUGGUGAUGUUAGUGAUCAGGAUGCGAUCAUGUACAAGACACUAUCUGGCGAAAAAAAGAACCAGAAAUGA